AUGCCCCCACCAUUGACUGAGGUAGUUCACCGCUCUCCGCUCUACCAUUUGCCCCACGACGAUUGCAUCCCGAAAUUAAGCGCCGGUCGCCUAUAUGGCUGCGACCCUGUCCUCCGGAUUCAGGAAAGGCGGGACAUGGGCCCAACCGCGCGGCCUCCUCCCCACUCAUUCCUCGAUGAUCCAGCCCUGAUCGUCGCUCUCAUCUUAACGGGCGUGAUGCUCCUCCUAGGGUUUAGUGCGACAGUGUGCUCUGGGCGCCUCUGGAAGCGCACGCCCUCGACAGCGAAGAAGUCAUUGCCAUUGAACAUGAGCAGCAGGUCCUUUGCCUCAACAUCAGCUCCUCACAAUCACGAUGGUGUACGACGCUACUACCUGAAACCGAUAGACCUUUCUCCCUUUUCCAGCGACAUACCCUCCGUCAAGGUAGGCCACGUUGCUCCAGGCGAAGUUGAAUUCGAUCACUCUCGGCCAAUCUCCCUGCACCACAAUGCCAACGCCACCAGCAGUCGCGGGACGACGCUUUCCCUUCCAAGACCUCGAACCUGGAAUCAUUCGUGGAUCCCAUCCCCUCUACAUGGCGACCCAACUGCCUCGUCUGUAGGAUUAUUCUCCGUUCCCGAAGUAGAUGAAGAGCUGGAAUCGGGGGAGUCAGCUUCAGAAAGUCCUAUCAUCACUAUGGACAUCGCGAUGGCGGGUCUCCACCGCCAUAGCAUCAAAGACACAACCUGGCCAGCGACUGCAGACGGACUCGUACAGCAAUCUCCGGAUAGCCUAGGCUCGACGGAGAAAACGGAGACAGAGCCAGGGAUAUUCGAUACCGUCAAUGCUGCAGACUCGGAGACCUCAUUGACGUCCUUCGAAGGGUCACCGGAGGAAGAGAGUGAAGAAGAGGACGUGAUUUCAGGUGACACAGAGGAGGUGGAGGUUGAGGUAUUCGAGGUCAAGAGGGGCCACACGCAAAGUCUCGAGCUGGCCAAAGGAGUCCUAGUCGUCCUACCCGCCGAUUCUUCCUCGAGCGAAGACCUCCACAAGCGCCCAAUAUCCAUUCCCCCUGAGAAGAACAUCAUAGUCGCUGAUAAAAACAUGCAAAGGUCAAAAACCCUUCCCAACUUCCAAGUUCGGCGACCUACCUUUCUGCCUACUUUCAUGUCCAAACCCCAAAUCCCGGCACUGAUCGUGACGCAACCCAGCACACUCAGCCUCUUCACAGUUGGAUCAAGCGCAAGCGACACUUCUGUCGACCUCGGUAAAUUUCCUUUGCCACCGCUUCACCUCGAACCGACUGUAUUCUGGCAAAAGUUGGAGGAAGAAAUCAACCACAGCUUGAGCGCCAAGAAACCGCGCACAUAA